AUGAUCAAAGCUGUGAAGAAGCUCAAGAAGUUCUGGCCAAGAAAGAAGAGAAAGAAGAAGGCGUCAGUGUAUCAACACGAUCCUUCUUACUACCACCUCAACUCCACCUGCCAUUGCUGCUACUCAUACUCCAUCCCUCCCCCUCCACCGCCGCCGCAGCCAUCGGCUCCUCCGUUGCCAGCAUGGCUCGAGACUUCUCCUCUUAUGCAACAACAAAACGUUUCCCAGUUCUCGUAUCAAACCCAUACCAGCCGCUUCACGUCUGAAGAGAUCACAGUGGAAGCAAUUCAGAGUUGCCCCACUGAGAACACUCUGCCGUCAUCUUCUUAUCAGCAGUACAUGGAUCCACAGCCUGUCUAUGGAGUGCCUGCUAACGUUGCGCUUGCGCAGCAGACAUCAUCAACAAAACUGGAGAGAAAGUCAGCUGGUGGUUUCUUUACUUCUGUAGCGAAGUUUGGUGCCAAUUUAUUUGGUUGCUUCCUCCCCUGUUUUCGGAUUCAGGAAGUUCACAUGAUAUGA